UUGAAGAUGACCCUUUUUUGUUUUGUUUACAAGCUUGCGGCAGAUCGGCGGAUGUUUAACAAAAUUUUAGGAUUACAAAUUAAUUUGUUAAAAUAGUGGUUUUUUCGUAACCCACAAAAUAUUAAAGUUUUUUUUUAAACGCGGUACCACAUUAAUCACACGAGAUGCCCAGAGAACGGAAAACUCGCCAAUACGCGCGGGAGAACUUAUUCAAAGCUCUUGAAGCGGUGGACCAAGGCAAGAUGAGUUUAUUCAAGGCAGCUAUACAUUUCGGAGUUCCUCGCUCAACGCUGUCUAGCUAUAACGAGGAUCGCGAUCGAAAGAGUAAAACCGGUCCAGCACUGACAUUCACCGAUGACGAGGAGCAGACGAUGGUGGAGUGGACCAGAGACAUGUUCCAAAAGGGUCUGUUUUGUAAAUCCGGCGAACUUUUGGAAACAGCUCGUUGGUUUCUAGAUAAUUACCCACGCAAAGGCAAACAAAAGGCUAAGAAUUUAUCCACUAGUUGGAUAAGAGGAUUCUACAAGCGACAUCCUCAAGUCACAGCAUAUCUACGAGUGGACAUGGAUGAUGCGCCCACAAUUUCCCAAUUGAAGUGCUACGAAGCAGCCUUCCAACAUUUGGACUGUCUUGACGUUUUCAACGACCCUUCGCGUGUUUUCAGAUACAACGAAGUCAAAUUUGCUCUUUGUUCAACUUUUCACAACUAUCUUGCCGGCGAAAAUCCGACCAGCAAAGCAGAAUUAAUAACAACGGGCAUCAUAACAUCAGCGAGUGGCAGAUUUGCAUUUCCUACUAUUAUUUAUGCACACGAUGGAACUAUUCCAGUGGACCUUGCCGCUACGGUACCGCUGUUCUAUGGAUACGGAAGUAGUCCAAACGGAACUUCGACGCAUACUACAUUCCACAAUUAUAUCACCAAAGUAUUCUACAAAUAUUUGAUAUUAAACCAAAUGAAACUUCCAGUCGUUCUGUUCGUGGAUGGAACCAGACCGAAUGUGUCGUUCCAGCUAUGGCAAGCAUGCCGGUUGCUCGGUAUCAGUUUAGUGGCGUUUAAUCCGGACGAGAGUUUCAACUACGACAAAAAAUACUUCGCACCAAAAACACUGACCACGAUCUACCUGGUGGAGAAGCUGCGAGAGGCACUGUUUCAGUGGAAGAAGAUCAACGGUGACCGAAUAUCGGAAUAUAACUUUGCUGAACUGCUCCAACCGGUAGUACAUAAUAACGUUCCAGUUGAUUUGAUAAAGAACGAUUGGGAAAAAUUUGCAUUCUAUCAGUGGAUUCUACAGCGUCGAUUGCGGAUAGAGGAUAUCGAAUUCGUUAGCGCGAACCCUGCGGUGAGCCAAAAGGCUUUAUCAAAGUCGAAGGAUACGAUAUUGAAGACAAAGUCUUCAUCUGUUUCGGAAGAGGAAAACGACCUCGAUGAGAUCGACGGUCAACUUAAAAGUCCUAAGUCUUCACCGCGUUCGGAUAUGGAUGAUUCCUAAAUAAAGGUCCACAGGGCCUUUUUCUUUUGUAUCCUCGAUCAGCCAAUUCGGAGGAAGGACGCCAUCUUUGAUCUUCAGAAUACGUGAGCGGAAGCACGGAACCUGAAAAGGUGAUUGACGAUAGCGGGCGGCCAUCUUUUAUUUCCCGAGGCGAGCGUGGAUAAAUUAACGCUAUCUACCAUCGGAGCUCUACUCGAUUCCCCCGCCAACGGGCCGGAACUUUCAACUCGCCGACAAACCGACACAAAGUCGACGAAACGAAGCCAACGAAUCAUCACUCCUGAUCCGUAGAAGAAUCGUACGUUUUUCAACGAACCGGCCGUCCACCUACGAGCCAGUCAUCCGCCAUCGAGUCGUCCGUCCGUUAUCCAGCGUCCGCUAGCCUACGAGUCGGUCAUCCGCCAUCGAGCCGUCCGUCCGUUAUCCAGCGUCCGUCCGCCUACAAGUCGAUCAUCCGCCAUCGAGCCGUCCAUCCGUUAUCAAGCGUCCGCCCGUCUACGAGCCGAUCAUCCGUCAUCGAGCCGUCCGUCCGUUAUCAAGCCUCCAGGCUGCCAACGAGCCAGUCCUGUCCGGCUCGCCGCCAACGACAACCAUUAGGGGAAACCGCCAAAUGUUGAACGGCUAAUUUUGUCGCCUAUUGUU